AUGACCACAAGCAUCAUGACAAAUGAACUAUAGCGCUAUGUUUGUUUAAACUAUCUACCUUUCACUUUCUUUUUUUUUCGUCAUUUCCCUAUGAUGUUAUUGUUUACAUUUGUAUUAAACAAACGUGUGGGACAUUGUGAAGAUUUUUAGAGUUCUCCUCGAAUGCAACAUGGUAUGGGUGGAUGUCUCACAUUAGAUCGAGAAGAGUCCAAGGCCAGGAGGAGGAGCGAGGAGAUCGACAAACAGCUCGGCGAGUUGGCCAAGCAGGAGCGCAAUGUCAUAAAGAUACUGCUACUUGGGGCGGGGGAGAGCGGCAAGAGCACGCUGGUGAAGCAGAUGAAGAUCAUCCACAGCGACGGCUUCACGCGCGACGAGCUGCGUAGCUUCCGCCCCACCGUGCUGGACAACCUGCUGUCCUCCAUGAAGUACGUGCUGACGGGCAUGGGCGUGCUGCGCAUCAACCUGCAGUCGGCCAAGCACAAGGCGCAUGCCCACACGGUGCUGAGCAGCACCAGCUGCUUCGACAAGGGCUUCGCCGUGCUGCCGUGCGUGGCACACGCCCUGCAGGCCCUGUGGUGGGACCGCGGCGUGCGGCUGGCCGUGGCGCGCGGCUACGAGUACCAGCUCAACGACUCCGCCAUCUACCUGUUCGAGAACAUGGAGAGGAUAUUCAGCGAGAAGUACGUGCCCUCACCCACGGACGUGCUCCGCGCGCGCGUGCGCACCAACGGAAUCAUCGAGACGCACUUCAAGAUCAACGACGUCAUCGUCAGCAUGUUCGACGUGGGCGGGCAGCGGUCGCAGCGCAGGAAGUGGAUCUACUGCUUCGACGACGUGCGCGCGGUCAUGUUCGUAGUGUCGCUGAGCGGCUACGACAUGACGCUGCUGGAGGACCCGGCCGUGAACCGCCUGGACGAGAGCCUCAGCCUGUUCUCGCAGAUCGUCAACAACCGGUUCUUCCGGGACGCCGCCUUCGUGCUGUUCCUCAACAAGUUCGACCUGUUCCGGGAGAAGGUGCUGUACUCGGGGCGCCACCUGCGGCUGUACCUGCCCGACUACCGCGGCGCGGACUACGACGUGGACGGCGGCGCGCUCUUCGUGCAGCGCAAGUUCCGCGAGCGCGCGCGUGGCGACAAGCCGGUGUGCACACACUUCACCACCGCCACCGACACGGCCAACGUGCAGGUGGUGUUCCAGGCGGUCAUGGACACCGUGGUGCGUGCCAACCUGCGCCGCGCCACGCUGCUGUAGGUGCCCGGGCUCCCUUCCCCCCUCUGGCCGCGCUCGGACACGCACACACUCACACACACACGCACACACGCACGUACAAGAUCAUGUACCGUGAAGUUGAAAAAUCCAUUUGUCGUCGGGAUUUGUCUGAACCGCCGACUUAUUUCACUAAAAAAAAUAAUAAUUUUUAAACAAAAAAAAAUAAUAAUUUUUAAACAAAAAAAAAUAAUUUUGUAUCGAGGAUUAGACUUCCAGUAAUAAGUACCUACAAGAUUGGGAUUUUCUACAAUUCCCAGACACACCAGUUGUGUGACUGUCAGCAAAAACUGCAGUGUGUUUUUUUUUUGACGAUGAGGACGACCACGCGGAGCUCGCGUUCACCCGCCCGCCAACUUGCAAACUGAUUAACAAUAAAAUUUUCUAUGUACGUAGUUUCAAAUAAAAUAGUAUUAAAUUAAAAUACUAGCCCAAUAAAUUACAGGUGUUAAAAUGUCAUGGAUAUUUCAUUAGAUAUUUGUGAACAUUCUGAUUAUGAUAAUAUAAUCGUGAUACAACUAUAUUGUGCUAACGGGGUUGAAAGCCAAGGACGAGCGAAGCCCCGGUGACUGGACGUGUGUCCUCCGAGCGUGACCACGAGGCGCGGACGUGACGAGGCAGGGUGCGUGUGUCUCCGAUGAGAAGUUGGGGGUUUAGUUGUCAAAGAUCUCAAAAUUUAUUUAAUCGAAAAUCUGAAAUGAGUUGUUUUUGUGUUUGUCUUUAUUUUUUAUAUAGGUGUUUUUGUUGAUUGUGAAGAGCGCCUGUGAUAUUUCGAAAUUUAAUUGGAAUUGAGAGUACGAACCACAGUGUGUUUGUAGAAACAGUGUUUGUGUGAGUGUUACUGUUUGUAAAGUGUACUUCAUUACUAAUUGCUAGCCACUUUUUUUUUAGAUUAUAAAUUUUAGAUUUACAGGAACUUUUAACUCUUUAAAAUUUUUAGUUUUCAUCACAUUAAAUUCAUCUUGAUCAUUAAGUAUGCUUCUCCCAGUUUAAAAAGAAAAUUAUAUUUAGAUUAUGAAAGUUAAUAUUUUAUAAAAGUAGACAAAUAGUAUGCAUAGCACUGCUUUUAAGAUUAUUUCCUAUUCAAUAUACAUGUCAAAGAACAUGCAGUAACUAUUAUUAUUUUUAGAUCUCAUAUUUUUGCAAAAUUAUUUAUUUUAGUUUUAAGUUGUUUUUAAUUUAUUUUUGUUCUGAACAUUCAUCACUUUGCGCACUCUCUCCAGACUGGUCCAAGCAAGAUCAUUUCAUGUUGUCUUUAAUAAGAUGUGCCUGUUUGCAUUUGUGAUAGAAGUGAAAAUUUGUAUCUUUGCCAAAUUAUUGCAAUAAAGUAAAUUCUAUUUUUAUGCCAGAUA